AUGUCCGGGGGCACUGUCAAAAGCUCCCUUACUUCUGUCCUUCCUACCAUACGGGCCCCGAAAAUUAAAAGGAAGCACCUUCGUAAAUAUUCAUGGCUUCCCGAUGUAUUUCGAAUCAAAGGAAGUAUUAUGGGGCGCAUUGUUGGGCCCGUCCUCACCGUAACUCUGUUCUCUAUGCUUGUGUGUCAUGCGUCCAAUAGGGGCUACAAACUGGUCUUAAUUAACUCCAUCGUGCCUCUACUCUCCGUCGUGGUCGGUCUAAUUCUGGUAUUCCGAACCUCGUAUGAUCGUUACUGGGAAGGCCGAAAAGCAUUCGCCGCCCUAACCUCUCAUACGCGCAAUUUAUCACGCAUGAUUUGGAUUAACGUCGGUCUCCCACCAACAGAUGAACAACCUGCUUUUGCCAAGGGAAAAACUCCAACUACAGACAUGACCCACAGUCAACUUAAGAAGCGAAAGGCAGAUGCUUUGCGUCUCUGUUUGUCGUUUGUGUUUGCUACCAAACAUUAUCUACGGGGAGAGGAUGGGGUCAACUAUCCAGAUUACCAAGGAGUUUUACCGCGUAACUUUGCGCGGUUUGACGAAGUCGGCUUCAACACCCAGCGAACGUCACCCAGUGGUACUUAUGCGGCAACUAGAAAUGACUCCUUGGGAAGCAGCCGCGACGGAAGUCAAAGUGGUAGGACAACCCCCGACACAUACAAGCCUGAUGCUACCAAAAGAGUUAGAGUGAAGAGGAGCAAGCAACAAUUGACUGAUCAUUCAACGCCUUUACUACAAGAUGUGCGCCGGAGUGUCGAGUUCCACCCCUUUGCCGAUGAAGCUUCUUUACCUUUGCCUCUUGUCAUUGCGCAUGAAUUAAGUCGAACAGUUUAUAACUUUAGGAAGAGUGGCUGUCUAGAAACCGUCGGUCCUGCAGGCUUGAAUGGCAUUACACAAAUUAUUUCUGGAAUGGUCGACCAACUCACCGCUCUGGAGCGCGUCGCCAAUACUCCUAUACCCAUUUCUUAUGGCAUACAUCUUAAGCAGUGUGUCACUCUAUACCUUUUUGCUCUGCCUAUGACUUUGGUUCAUGACCUUGGCUGGGCAACUGUUCCCGUCGUGACCGCUGUUGCCUUUACAUUCAUGGGUAUCGAAGGUAUUGCUGAUGAAAUUGAGAUGCCAUUCGGACAUGAUGACCGUGAUCUGCCUUUGGAUCGAUAUUGCCAGGAUCUCAAAGAAGAGAUUGAAUACAUUAUCGAGAGGCUGCCAGAAGGUGGAGAAGGUCUACAUGGAUAUGACGAUGGAGAAGGUGACGACUAG